CGUCUUGCCAAGAUUACUUGUAACUGAAGGCUGAGAGCGUGGGGCCUUAUUCUAUUUGGGGAACUAAGGGGUGCCAGCACACGGUCUAUUUAUGCCCAGAGCCCUGGGUACCCAUCGAGACCAUUAACUCAUUCCCUAGCGGCUGCAUUCUUCUUGACUGUCCGGAAGUGCAAAAAGAACCAAGGUGAGGAGCCCAGGCCCGGUCCCCCUUGCGCCAGCUGUAGCUUGGAACCACAACGCCAAGCUUUGCCCGGGAAAAGGGCCUAGCUGGCAGCGCAGACGCUUUACCCCCAAGCCUACACAGCGUUCCAGUCUUCUCCAGAGACUUCAGGCAGCUACUGCGCUCAGUCCCUGCGUCCUCCAUAGCUUUUGUGCCGCUAAGCCCUGCCCCCCCUGGUCCCGCCCUCUGAGAAAUUUAUCCAAUCAGGUCCAGAAAUAAAGGUUGCCGCACCUUUUCGGUGUCGUCAUUUCCGGUCCUCUCCGGGAAGUCGCACUGUGGAGCCAAAUUUGAAGCCUUCUGGGAGGCGGGAACGCGAUCUGCCCGCUGGACCUGUAGCGGUUUUCUUAGCUGCCUGGGCCGCUGGCCUCCUGCCAUCAUGCCUAUCCGUGCACUGUGCACUAUCUGCUCCGAUUUAUUUGACCACUCCCGUGAUGUGGCCGCCAUCCACUGUGGCCACACUUUCCACCUGCAAUGGCAGGUGCUUAUACUGCUGAGCUAAAUCCAUGGCCCUGUCUCACUCUUUUUUUAUUGUUUGUUUGUUUGUUUUUUCCCCAGUAUUGGGGAUUGAACCCAGGCCCCUCACCUAGCUACAUGCCAGAUCUUUUUAGUUUUUGACAGGCUCACACUAAAUUUUACAAACUUGUGAUCCUCCUGCGUCAGCCUCCUCGAGUUCUUGGAUUACAGGUGCACACUGCUUUGCCUGGCUCCUGUCUCACCCUUAUAAGGACCCUUGUAAUAAUCUUUCCAUCUCAGGAGUUGUACAGCACAUGCUUAGUGGGCUGGAAGCCCUGGGGUCAAUCCACAGCACCACAAAAGAAUAACAAAAACAAAGAAACAAAAAAAGUAGCAACAACAAAAACUCUUAAUCAUAAAAUUCCUCACAAUGUGGUAUAUUCACAAGUUUUAGAUAUUAGGACAUGGACUUUUUUUGGUACUAAUACAUAAUUCUACCCACAGUUUUCUUUCCAGAACUUCCAUUUAUACAUGUGCUAGAGUUUCUCAGAUUAUUUUCUGUGUUUUAUCAAUUCUAUAUUUUCUUAUCUUCUUACUUUUUUUUUUUUUUUUUUUUUAAUCAGUGCCAGGGCUUGAACACAGGACUGUGUGCUUGCAAAGCAGGCACUUAAGCCACUCAGCUAAAUCCCCAGCCCCAUCUUCUUACUUUUUAAUAUUUCCUUUAGCUGUGUUAAAUCCAUAUAUUGGCUUCUUAAUUUUGGCCAGUUUUUAGUUUUAGAAUUUGCAACUUUCAGCUGAGUGUGGUAACACAUGUCUGUAACCUUAGCACUCAGGAGGCUGAGGCAGGAGGAUCACUGUGAGUUCAAGGCCAGCCUAAACUACAUAGUAAGUUAAAGGCUAUUUUCAACUACAUAGUGAGACUUUGUCUCAAAAAACACAAAAACAAACAACAAAAAAAAAAAAGAUUCUGUGACUUGCUGUUUGUUUUUGUUUUUCUUCUUUUGAGAUGCAGUCUUACUAUGCUCCCCAGGCUGGUCUCUACUUCAUGAGCUGAAGCUGCCUAACUUUAUUGGAUUCUUUUUAAAUCUUACGUGUCACCGUUUCAUCGUUAAUUCUGUACUGAUAUUGCAGACAUGGUUUUUUUUUUUAGCAUAAUGUGUUUGGUCUGUAAUUGACAACCCCAGUACCUGAGGGCUCACGUGUUCUUCUGUUUUGUGCUCCUAAUCCUUUCCCCUGUGUGCUGGUUUACAUUUUAAGUUUAUUGAAGUAUAAUAUAGUCACAGCAAAGUACAAGUGACCUGCAGAAUUUUCACAAACAAGCACAUCCAUGCAAUCAGAAUUCAAAUCAAGAAAGGGAUAUUAGGGUCAGGGGUUUAGCUCAGCGGCACAAGUGCCUGCCUGACAAACACAAGGUCAUGAGUUCAAUCCCCAGUACCAAAAAGAAAAAAAAAGAAAGAAGAUAUUGGGCCGAGGCAUAGUUCAGUGUAAGAGGUCCUGAGUUCGAUCUACAGCAUUGCCUGAAAGAAGAAGGAAGAGAAAGGAAAGGGACCUGCUGGGAUUACAGCCUUGUUCAGUGGUUUGAGACAGCACCAAGUCGGACGUGCCCACAAUGCCGAAUCCAGGUUGGUAAAAGAACCAUUAUCAAUAAGCUCUUCUUUGACCUGGCUCAGGAGGAGGAGAUGACCCUGGAUGCAGAAUUCUUAAAGAAUGAACUGGAUAAUAUCAGAGCCCAGCUUUCCCAGAAAGAGAAGGAGAAACGGGACAGCCAGAACAUCAUCGACACCCUGCGGAACAUGCUGGAAGAACGCAAUGCCACUGUGGAAUCUUUGCAGGCGGCCCUAGAUAAGGCUGAGAUGCUCUGCUCCACACUCAAAAAGCAGAUGAAAUACUUGGAGCAGCAGCAGAAUGAGACUAAGCAAGCACAGGAGGAGGCCCGCCGACUCAGGAACAAGAUGAAGACCAUGGAACAGAUUGAGCUCCUACUCCAGAGCCAGCGGCCUGAGGUGGAGGAAAUGAUUCGAGACAUGGGUGUGGGACAGUCAGCGGUGGAACAGCUGGCAGUAUACUGUGUGUCUCUCAAGAAAGAGUAUGAAAAUCUGAAAGAGAUGAGAAAGGCCUCAGGGGAGCUGGCUGACAAGCUGCGGAAGGACUUGGUCCUCUCCAGAAACAAGUUGCAGACAGUCUACUCUGAAUUAGAUGAGACCAAGCUGGAGCUAAAGUCAGCUCAGAAGGACUUACAAAAUGCUGACAAGGAAAUCACGAGCCUGAAAAAGAAGCUAACGAUGUUACAGGAAACCUUGAACUUGCCACCAGUGACCAGUGAGACUGUCAACCGCCUGGUUUUAGAGAGCCCAGCCCCCAUGGAGAUGUUAAACCUGAAGCUCUGCCGGCCAUCCUGCCACAGCGUCGUUGACCUUGAUGCUACCUUUGAUGUGGAUACCCCGCCAGCCCAGCCCUCUGGCUCCCAGCGUGGCUGCUUCAAGAAGCUCUGCCUGGAGAAAGCACACUCUCCUGUUGAAGACAUGUUCAGGAAGAAGCCCAAAGUUCCUAAACAGGACUCCCAGGACACCCUGGGUGGCCAAAGUCACAUAGAAGAGCCAGAUGAGGAACUAGCUGGUGCCUUUCCUGUCUUCAUCCGCAAGGGUGUCUUGGGUCAGAAACAGCCCAAGAGGGCCAUGACCAACUCCUGUCAUAGCACAGAUGUGGUAAGAAUGGGCUUCGAUGGCCUUGGGGGACGGACAAAAUUCAUCCAGUCUACUGACACAACUGUCAUCCGCCCACUACCAGUUAAGUCUAAGGCCAAGACCAAGCAGAGAGUAAGAGCAAAGACUGUGCAGCCUCCCUCUCAGACCAAGCUGGACACCUUCCUGUGGUAACAAGGACAGUCUGAGCAGUGGUCAGAUACGCGCCUCCAAUGAGUAACCAAGAACUGGCCAGGCAAGGGGUCUUUUAGGGGAUGGCCUCUUUCAGGACCAUCCUGGAGAGCAAGGUAAAUGAGCAGGCAGAGCUGCCAGUGACACCAAGAGACUGUGCUUCCUGUGCUCACUGUGCCUUUCCCCACAACACUGGACUUACCAUUAGGAGUCUGUAUGGUUCCAAUUGGCUUCUCAUUUUAAGCUUCUGCUUAUAGCAGUGACCAGUUGACUGAGUCCUGGUCCUGGAGACGAGGAUCACUUGUUGAUUGUGGGUGUGGACAAAAGCCCUUGAGGUUUCUCAGGCAUCCCAGCCAGUGUAUUCUCCUUUCCUGGCUUAAUACUAGGGAUGACUUGGGCCCAGCAGAGUAGAGGACAGAGUUGACAAUGGUGUGAAGAUGGGGGAAAUUUUCUGUGUAAAGUAACAAAUGAUAGUCUUUCCUUCCUGGCUCUGGGAGUAUAAAUUUGCUGUGAUUUUGGAAAAUCGUUUGGGAUGACUUUGUAAAGCAGGUACAUCUCCUAGACCCAACAGCUUCAUCUCUAAGCGCUGGCUCUCUUAUAGGCCAUGAGAGAUUCUAGCAAGAAUGAGACCACUGGUUGGCUAUGGUGACACAUACCUGUAAUCCUAGCACUCAGGAGGCUGAAGCAGGACGAUCACUGUAAGUUCAAAGCCAGUGUAGGGGGCCAGGGAUAUAUCUCAGUGGCAUAGCACCUGCCUGGUAAGCGCAAGGUCAUGAGUUCAACUGCUGGUAUCAAAACCAAAAAAGCUGGACACGUUGGCACAUACCUGUAAUCCCAGCACUCGAGAAGCUAAGGCAAGAGGAUUGCUGUGAGUUUUGUGACCUGGCCUACAAAGUGAGUUCAAGGACAGCCUGAACUGUGUAUCAAGACCCUAUCUCAAAAAAUCUAAAAAAUAAAAAACCAAAGCCAGUUUGGGCUACAAAGAA